AUGUCCGAUAUAUACUGGAUACAAAUUACUGAAGUUUGCUCCUUCGUCGGAUUUAUGCUCUCAGUUCUAGGGAACAGUACACUUUUAGUACUGCUCAGUGGAAAAUCCAUAGAUGGAAUUGGCACCUAUCGGUACUUGAUGAUCACUUUCUGCGUUUUCAGUUUAUUAUUUACGAUAUUAGAGGAUUUUAUCAGACCGCUGAUGCAUCACUAUAACAAUACCAUAAUUGUUUUACAACGCAAGCGGUUUCAGUUUUCUGAUUCAACGGCUAGAAUCUUGACAGUCUCUUACUGCGGCUGUUUCGCGAUGUGCUUCGUGAUGUUCGCCGUUCAUUUCAUCUAUCGAUAUCUAGUUGCUUGUCACCCGACAAAAUUGCACUAUUUUCGACCCAAAAAUUUCAUUUUCUGGCUGUCCGGCAUGUUAUUCAUAGCAGGAAGCUGGGUUGCAAUUGCAUAUGUCUUUUUUCAAGAAGACCUAGAAACCAGGACGGAUUUGGUAUUUAUUUUGUCAACUUGUUAUAAUUUAACGCCAGAUGAUGUCGGACAUGUACCGUAUGCUUUUUACAAAACUCAAGGAAAUACACGAGUAAUUCGAUGGGAUAACAUGAUUGGAGUAAUUCAUCAUAUGAUAGUUAUGACAAUCUCUAUAAGUGCCGUUUUCUACUUUGGCAUUAAAACCUACACUCGAAUAAUGAGUUUCAAGGGAAAAUCCCAGAAAACCAAGGAUCUCCAGAAUCAAUUUUUCACUGCUCUAGUUGCUCAAACCGUAGUCCCUCUGAUUUUCAUGUUUAUCCCAAAUAUGGUGCUCACUACGGCAGCCCUUAUAGAUGGCACAUUUGGCUCAUGGGCCAAUAUUACUGUAGUUAUGAAUCAUUUGUAUCCGGCUGCCGAUCCAUUCGUUAUACUGUUCAUUAUUAAGGGGUUCCGGAAUAGUAUUAGAAGAAUUCCAGAUGUUAUAUAUCGCUGCACAAAAACGAAAAAAGCAUCGGUUAGCUCAGUGGUCCGUGGUAUUGAGGCUCAAAGCAAGAAACAAUCUUUUUCUCGAGUUGAUAUUUAA